AACAUUGAACGGAGUGCACGUUUUGUCGAGCUUUGCUUUCAUUUUUAUUUUAGUAUAUAUAAUAAAUAAAAAAAUGAAUUUUCAACAAUUAAAUCCCCAAACACGUUUCAUGUCCCAAUUGGAUCAAUUUUAUUGAAAAAAGAAAAAAAAACGAUAAAUUUCUAUUUUUCUAAAAGCACGUGUACCUGAGUGACAUUUCAAAUUUUUCUUCUUUAAGAUCAAGAGGGAAAAAUAAAAGUGCAUUUGAUUUUCAUUUGAAUUUUUCCACCAAAUGGAAAAUUUAUAACACCUAAUGUGUUUUUUUUAGUGAUUAUAAAAAGAGGAAAGAAGGAAAGAAAGAAAGGAUAAAAUGAAAAUUGUUUUUGUUGAUAAUAGUGGAUUAAAAUUUUCUAGAACAGAGUUUUUGAAUUUAAAAGCAAUUGAAGUUGCGUUUCCGCUACCGGGGAGCCUUGGCCCGUGAAGCCAAGAUCCUGUGAGUAUACAGGAGAGAAACAAGUAGAGUGGAUGAUUUUGCUAGCUAUAUAUGCAACUUCAUUCUCCGAGAGAGGUCUGUCUGCAUCCACAAGUUGGUAGAGCCCGAAGGCUUCGUCAAGUAACAGUACAUUGCGUUUGCUAGUGUAUAAUCCCGUCUCUACUUUCUCUCUCUCUCUCUCUCUUUCUUUCCUUUUUUCUCCUUCUCUCUUCCUCCCACCUUCGUCUGUCCGUCUGACUGUCCGAAGAACGGGACCAAUACUCAACUCUUCCAUCUUUGUCUUUCUCAUAAGCCAAUGUCUUCUCGAAACCAGUCCAAUGGACCUCACGCAUCACAUCUAAUGCUCGAAUUUCAAUUUUUCAAUUUUAUUCAAAAUCUAGAACAAAAAUUGAUUUUCAAACUGGAACCAAAAAGCACGUGCACCAAACGCGGGAAAGAUUGAAAUGAUGCGCAUGUCUUGAAAAUCUCUAAAUCUUGAAAAUUUUGAUUUUAAAAAUAAAUAAAUUUUUGAAAAAGAAUUUAUUUUUAAUAUAAAAUGUAUUAAAUUAUUUAUAAUGCAUUUUAUUUUUAUUUCAAUAAAAUAUGUCUGAUUUUUUAACUAUCAGACAGUCAAGUAAGAUAGUAUAUUUAUUUGCUACUGCCAAUUUUACGUCCGAAAACUAAAAUUAUAGAAAAGAUAAUGAGGAGUGGUGACUAAUAAAGUGUGUGUAUAUAUAUAUAUUUAUCGACUCGCAACAUUGGUGAGCGAUUUCAGUUCCUGUUGUACAGUUGAAUGGGGAUUGUCCCUGUUUGGACUUUUGUUCAAAUCGAAAAAUUGUGUUUUUUUUAUUAAUGUGGAGUGCUUUUAUUUUCUUUUUGGAAUCAAUGGAUAAAUUAUAGCGGAAAUUUCUUUUAAGUUUGUCAAGAUGAAGACCACAUUACGAGCAUUAAGUUUUGAUGAUUCGUCAGUGGAAAGCUGUUCUGCUGUUUCAGCAGAUAUUGACAUCACAUCCCUUGAAGAGGCAAGAACAGUUAUAGCUGCUCUUAAAGCAAGGCAGAAGGAACAAGCAUCAGCACAAGCUUACCAGACAUUUCACUGGCGAAAAACUUUAAAAUUGCAAGAAGAGAAGGUGGCCCGAUUAAGGAGAGAAAAGGGGGAUUUAUUGCGAUAUAUUUCCUCGCAGCUUCUUCUAUUCGAAUCACGCCUUUGUCGAAAGCAGAAAGAAAUUGAAGCAAAUUUAGCGCAAAGGGAAGCGAUUAUUUUAAAACAGCAAAGAGUCAUUCGGCAAUUACAAAGUAGAUUAUCUGAAAGAACAACUGAUAUCAGAGGUUCACCACCAUGUGAUGCUUUAGAUCGUUUAGACAGUUUAGGAGACAGCGAUAGUGCUGUCGUCUUAGAAGAAACGACUGAUGAUCCAACAACACCUAGAUUCCGAUCGAACAUAACUGACGUGACAGUUAUUCGAUCAGUAUCCGAUGCAGUCGAACCAUCAAGUAAAUACUUAUCAAUGAGACGAGUCAAUGGUUACCUUAGAAGGCCAGAAAUUUUAGAAACAGUUUAUUCUGUGGAAGAAGAUGGUGAUCAGGAUCCAGGAGAAAACCCUGAAAACACAGAAUGUGUUGAAAGAAGGGCGAAAGGUCUUGGUUCUGGGAAAGGUCGUCUUCAAGAUUUGUAUGGUAGUUUUGAGCGUCUUGCUCAAGAAGCAGAGUCCCCACCCCAUGAGAGACCUAGGGAUGAAAGUCAGCAAGCUCAGGUGACGUACAAUAGAGUGAUGAGUAACCACAGGUCGGUUACAAAACCUAAGGACGUUAAAUACAAAAGAAUAAAUAAAGCAAAAUCCAAAAGUUUAGAAGAACUUCGUGGCCGAUUAAGAAAUUGGGUAGAAAAAGGCAAUAAAAUUGCGAUAUCAUUGGAUCAAUCUUAUGCUUAGAAUAAAUUGAAUUCUUAUAAUAUCAAUUUAAUAUUAUGCACAAGAUUGAUACCAAUUAUUAUUUUUCUAAGCGAUUGUGAUAUAUAGGUACCUUAUUUGUUUAGUUCAUCAAGAGCAAAAAAAAAUUGUAAAUACACUUUGUAAAAUUUUAAUUGUCAGAGGGCGACUUUUGUCAUCUAUUUUUGAUGACGACCUAAAAAAAAUUAUAAAAAUCUUCGAGAGGAAUGUUAAUUCACACAUUUUCAGCUCGUAUCUAUUUAGCAGACAUAACUAGUGCUGCCAUAUAUGUAUAUAUACAUGUAAAAUUAAUCUCUAAUCUUCAACAUAUUCUCGAUUUUCCGAAACACUAUCUUGAAAUGUCGAAAUUGAGAUUAAUUGUGCACCAUCGACGAGGAUUUUCGUCGAUUUUCCACGACGAAAAGUUACGUUUACUAAAAACUAAUUUGCCAGUUAUAAAUUUCAUUGCAAUGAUAUUUAUUUAAUUUUUUAUAUCAUACGUGAAAAAAUUUUUUGUUGGAAGAAAAUCUUUCUUAAUCCCCGACUGUCAAGUUCCUUAUUUUCCACACCUUUAGACGGUGAUUUUCAGAGAUAUUUUUUCUUGUAUUAAUUUAUAAAAAAAAUUUACUAAAUAUUAUGAAUUAAUUAAAUUUAAUAUGUCGAUUGUUUACAUAAAGUUGUUAAAUUAAAUAAUUUUAGUGAUUCAAUUGAUAUAAAAAAAAAUUUAAUAACGAAAUAUAUUUUUCAAUGAAUAUUUUAAAAUUAAAUGAAAAUUUUCUUUGACUGAAAUUUAUAAUUGCAAAUUGGAGAUAAAUUUUUUUUUCCAUAUCCUCGUUGGAAGUGCCUUGUUUUUUUAUGAUUUUGCAUUAUGACGACUGUAAUGAAACUAUGUUUCCUCGCCUUCAAAAGGUGUGAACUUGAUAUUUUUCUAUAUAAGAAAAAUAUAUGCAAUAUAUUUUUCUAAGAGCUGCAAAAGUUCUUAUACUGAAAAAAAUGGAUAUAUUCUUAAAAAUUAGUAUUCUUUGAUAAAAAAAAAGAAAAUUCUACGCAGAAGUUUAAAAUUAUCUGCGUCUAUAAAUCACAAAAAUAACCUUUAUAUUUUUGCUCAUUAUUUCCGAGCAACAUGGAUAUUAAUUAAAAAUAAUAUUUUAAAUAUUCUUUAUUUUAAUUAAAGACUGGUUUUUUUUCUAUCGAAUUAAUUGAAAUUUAAAGAUAUUGAAUAUCUGAUAUUAAAUUUAAGUAUUUUGAUUAUUAAAUAAAUUGUCCGCAUACUAUAUCGGAAUAUCCAUUUUUCUUCAUGUGAAAAAAUAUAAUGAGUAUAUUUUUACAAUAUGCUGUGAAAAAAGCAGAAAUGUAAUUUCCAAAAAUUUGACAAUCUUUGCGUUUUGAAAAAGCAAAUUUUUUAAUAUCUUUAUCACAUCAUAUGUCAUGAGUCUACCUCAGCAUUUUUCAUUAAAAAUCGAAGACCAUGAUUCUCGUCAACUCUACGCUUAUUGUUAAAAAAAAAGUAUAUUCAAGCUUGUCGAACUAGAAUCAUAUUAAGAGUAUAAGUAGUUUAAAACUACCGACAAUCCGUAGUAACAAUUAUUGUUAUACGUUUUUUCAGUAUUUAUUUAAUGCGACACAUAAAAUUGAUUUUGAAUAUAAAAAAUAGAGAAAGUGUUAUCAAAAUUUAAAAAUAUGGAAAUCAAAUUUUAUGUUCUCAUUGUUUAUAGUUGAAGCCAUCGAUCUCUUUUGCAUAAUAAUCGCGUCAUACAGCGUCACUGAUACGUAAUAUAUAAAUAAAUAAAUAAAUAAAUAAAUAAAAGAAAAUUAAAUUUAUAAAAAAUACACUUGAUUUCGAUCGCAGGAAGAGAAUAAAGACAUUGAGUGAUAAAAAGACAGAUGAGAAACUUUUAUCGAUAUAUGUAAAAAAAAAAAAACUUAACAUAAAACUGAAAUGACUUUCUUUCUUAUAUUCAUGUGAAAAAAAACUCAGAAUCGCGCAUGGCGUUGCUUUAAUAGCAGAUUUAUUAACUGCUACGGAUAUUAAUUAAUAUUUUAAGAUAUUACAUUAAUUACAUCUAAGUCUUAAAUAAAGUAUUAUAUCAGUAUAA